UUGCCAUACUCGGCUAAACGUGACCGAAGACAGCUAAAAAAAUGAUCGCUCAAGUGUGUGUCACAUAAAAUAAUUUACAUUACUACUCAUAUUUAUUUUGACAGUAAAUUAUACAUAUUUAAUUAAAUAUGUUAAUAAUUAAUAAAUUAACAAAUUAAAUAUGUAUAAAUAAUUGACUAUUAAUAUUUAAUAAUCAUCAAUAAAAAAAAAUAAUAAUUUAUAUUUGCGGUGUUAAACAGGUUCCUCGCAUGUGUCACUUUUUUAACUGUAUAAAACACAUUGUGGAUAUUAACAGUGUUAAAUAAAUAUAAAUAAUAAUAACAUAUAUUUUUUUAAUUAUUUAUAAAGUUAUAUAUUUUAUUUAUCAAUUAUAUUUUUUAUAUAAUAAUAUAUAUAAUAAAUAAACAAAUAUUUAUUAAAAAACAAAAAUAUAUACAUUAAAGUGAUCAAGUAUUUGUGCGUAAUAAGUGAAUAUUGUAAUUGUCAGUUGGUUAAAAAGAUAAUAUACAAAUGUACAUUAGUAAUUUUUAAUUUUGGUGGUGAUUUUUAUAAUAAAUUUUCUGUGUGUGAUGCCUGGGAGUCGAUCUAGUACGGACCCAGAACAUAAAUCACCGCGGGAAAGUGGUGAAGACUCAGAAGAUGAGAGUGAGAUCCUGGAGGAGAGUCCCUGCGGGAGGUGGCUAAAAAGACGUGAAGAAGUUUAUGUAGGCUCUAAAUCAACUCAGAUGGCUGAUGGUACAAAUUUCGGAGCAAGUGGAAAAGGAAGUGAGAACGAGGUCUCUGAAAUGGAGAUUGGACAACGUGAUGUUCCUGGAAUUGAUUGUGCUUAUCUUGCAAUGGAUACCGAAGAGGGUGUUGAAGUUGUAUGGAAUGAAGUACAAUUUUCUGAGAGAAAAAAUUUUAAAGCACAAGAAGAAAAAAUUCAACUUGUAUUUGAAAAUUUAACUCAACUUGAUCAUCCAAAUAUUGUUAAAUUUCAUAGAUACUGGACUGAUACUCAUAAUGACAAACCACGUGUUAUAUUUAUAACAGAAUUUAUGUCAUCUGGAUCAUUAAAACAAUUUUUAAAACGCACAAAACGUAAUGUUAAAAAAUUACCAUUACAAGCAUGGAAAAGAUGGUGUAGACAAAUUCUUUCUGCAUUAAGCUAUUUGCAUUCCUGUUCACCUCCAAUUGUUCAUGGUAAUCUUACCUGUGACACGAUAUUCAUUCAGCACAAUGGACUUGUUAAAAUUGGCUCAGUUGCACCCGAUGCUAUUCAUCAUCAUGUUAAAACUUUUCGAACAAAUGUUAAAAAUAUGCAUUUUGUUGCACCUGAAUGUGGAAAUUCUCUUACACCUGCAAUUGAUAUUUAUUCAUUUGGUAUGUGUGCCCUCGAGAUGGCUGCAUUAGAAAUACAAGGAAAUGGUGAUAGUGGUACAAUGGUUACUGAAGAUAAUAUUAAUAAAACAAUUGAAUCAUUAGAAGAUAUACAAGAAAAAGAUUUUAUAAGAAAAUGUCUUGAUAGUGAUCCAUUAAGUAGACCAACAGCAAGAGAAUUAUUAUUUCAUCCAGUAUUGUUUGAGGUUCAUUCACUUAAAUUACUUGCGGCACAUGCGCUAGUUAAUUCUGCCACAAAUAUAUCAGAAACAAUUACGGAUGAAGUGCUACAGAGGUUAUACGAACCAGAUACAAUUGUUGCUGAAAUAAGGUAUCAAGGUCAGCCAUCACAUCAAAUACGUCUAAGUGAUAUUCCAGUUACGGAAAAAUUGGAAAAAUUUGUUGAAGAUGUCAAAUAUGGAAUUCAUCCAUUGACAGCGUAUAUGGCUAAACUACCACCACCAGUACGUCCAAGAGCAAUAUCACCUGAAGUUACUGAAUCAGUUAAAUCUGUAACACCAGAACCAGUUGAUGUUGAAUCACGUAGAGUUGUUAAUAUGAUGUGUAAUGUUAAACCUAGAGAUGAAAGUUGUGAAUUAUUGAUGACAAUAUUAUUACGAAUGGACGAUAAAAUGAAUAGACAAUUAACAUGUCCAGUAAGUCGAACAGACUCGCCAAUGCUUCUCGCACAAGAACUUGUACAUUUUGGAUUUAUCAAUGAGGAUGAUCGUGAUAGAAUAGGAAAUUUAAUUGAAGAAGCAUUAAGAAGUUGCUUCAAUAAACAAAUGAUGGUACCUGGUUUGGUAUCAUUAAAUAAUCUACAAAGUCAAACAACUUUAUUAUUACCUGGACCAGAAUUUCCAUCAAUUGAAGAUGUUGGAAAAUCUGUUAUAAAUACAACGCAUAAUGAUAAUAUUAUUAAUAUUAAUCAAAUGCAAAAAAUAACUGGUCUUAAUAAUUCAUCAAUUAAUAAAUUAUGCACAAAUUUAAAUGACAAUGAUACACAAAAAAUUAAUGAAAGUGGUAGUUAACCAAUCAUGAUAUUCAUGUGCCACAUUGCACCCUCGAUGGCUAUGUAUUUUUAUAUUUAAGUUAAAUUAAAAAAUGAAAACAAAUAAUUAAAUAACAAGAUAACAUAAUGAAAAUAGUGCCGUGGCUAUUAUAAAUUUAUGAUAUUGUUUUUUUAUUUUAUUUUAUUUUUUUUUUACAAUUAUGAUUAUUUGCCUAAGUCAAUGACAAAUUAAUCUUAAAUUAUUUGGCUAUUUUAAAUAUUGUUAUUUUUGUUUUUACUGUUAAUAUUGAUAUAAAUUAUUAAAUCAAUUUGUACUGGUAUAUUUAUUUGAAUAAUAAUUUUAAAUAAUAAUAUUUAUUCUGAUAAUAAACAGAGGUAUAUAUAGUUUAAUAUUUUUUUAACAGAAAAAAAAAUUAAAAUAGGAACAUUUAAUAACAAAAAAAAGAAAAAAAAAACAUUGUAUAUUGUUGCAUGACUGCUGCUGGUUGCAUUUAUUUUUUGGCACAUAUAUAAAUUGAUAAAUUGUUCACUUAUUUUCUGUAUAAAAUUACUUUAUAAUAACACAGAUUAAAUUCAAAGUCUUAAAUUUAAAUGAUGAUUUUAUUGUUACUAUUAUCAUUUCAAAAACAAAAUCAAUUUAGAGCUGCUUUUUUUUUUUUGUAUGUUCAUUAAAUGUUUGUAAUGAAUUUUGCAACGAUUAUUAAAAUUCUUCCGAAUACACUGUCAUAUAUUUUGUGGCACAUAAAAAUAAAAUUGAUAAUUAUUCUAAAAAAUAUUAAUAACAAAGUGAGCCACGGCCCUGUACUUGGGUAUUAUUGAUGUGAUUAAAUCAAGAUUUUUAAAUCUCAAUGAAAUUAGCUGAAAUCUUUGUAAAUAAUUUAUAUUUUUAAGAAAGUCUUGUUGAGACAGGAAAACACUAGUCAUAUAGGUAUAUUCGAGUACUAACGAAAAUCAGAAAAAAAUAAAUAAUACAAUAAUUAUAAUCAGAGAAAA